GUUUUAUGUAUUUGAGAUUUACCCAACCUCCAACUGACUUAUACGAUUGGUACGAACCGUACCUGCUGGAUGAAGAAGAAAUUGACGUGAAAGCUGGAGGUGGCCAGACUAUGACAAUCGGGCAGAUGAUCCGCCAGUGGCUGACCAAACUGGAGUGGUUCACUACGCUGUUCCCGCGUAUUCCGGUACCAAUCCAGAAACAGAAUGUCGCCAAGCUGGAGCAAUUUGCGCGGGAGAAUAAUAUCACGUUCCCGGAUCCGGCCAGUAGUGAUCGCUACAAUAAAGCAAAUGCUCAACGCUACGAACGCCCAAGUGCGAGUGGGAGUUCGCGUGACGACUACGGCGAACCGAGUCGCGGGACAUACAGUGGCCACUGUGAUCGCGAUCGUGAGCCGUCGCGGACGGCUUCCCGCUACGAUCGUGACGAUGAUCUUCGUCGCGAGAGGGAGCGAGAUCGCGACCGAGGUAGGCGGGAUCGGGACCGGGACUAUGAUCGCGGUGGUCGGGACCGAUACCGUGAGAAGCCUAGGUCCAGAUCGAGGGAACGGGAACGUGAUCGCCAUCGUGAUCGAGACAGGGAUUACGAUCGACGGCAUCGCUAGGUAUUAAAUUGCACGCGGACGAGUGUUUAUGAAAAGAAUGCUAACUUAUUUCCGAUAAUUCGAUGAACGUUUAGAAUCAAGCCGAGUAAUUAAUAACGAAAGCACAUUUUUAUACGACAAGUUUUAAAAAUGUCACAACAGCAUUGCUUGGUACGGCUUGGCAUGGCAUCCACCGGGACAGAUUUUCUACGUUAUUGACCAGGCCCGGAUGGAGCCCAGCCGGGCGUUUGUUAUCUUCAAGACAAGCUAGAACACUGAGUACCUUUAUGCAGGCGAAUAGUAGCAACUUCAUUACGGGAUAUAGAUGUUUACUUUCCUUUUUCAUUUUCUUUAUUUUAUCAUACACAUACUUUCAAUACCUCUUACUAUCUACGAUUACAAUUAAAGUUUUAAUACAGUUAAAUCGCAGCUUCGACCUACGCCGGAGGUGCCCCAAACAAUCAAAUUACCAUGCGUUGAUUGACAGAACUCUCUCAAAGUGCAAUAAAACUUGAAAGUGAUUGUAAAAGUCUUCUAUUGCCAUGCAAAUUAUUCAAUUUUGUACUUUUUGCAAUAAUGUUCCAAAUCCAAUCAGUAAUAGAAAUCGUCAUUCUCAACAAAAGUUCUCACGUGAUUUUUAAACAAUCAUUUGAAUUUUCAUCGGCCGGGAACAUAUAUUUUUCAGCCAUGAUGGAGCAUAACAAGCUUGCUAACAUGUCAAUUACUGACUCACUUAUCGACAUUGUUUUUGUUUGUAUAACUUGAGCCAGAAAGAUAAAUCCAUUUUAUCUGUUAAAUAAAUUGACCUGCCUGAAUACUGCCCCACCUCACAAAACAGUCCCAUAUGAAUAGAAAACCCAGCAAAGAUGGGACUGUUAUGCCUGAUUUGUAGUAUGAGCUGAAUUUUUGUAUGUUGAGAUGGUAAAUUCUCAGUUUCUGCCAUACAAGGUUGUAAACAGCGUGGUUAUUAUGAUUUCAAGCCUAAAUUGAUGCUGAUGGAACAAAACUUCAGGAAACUGUUUUGUUGAAAAGACAAGAACUGGAGAUUACAACAAGAAAGUUACCCAAAGUUUUGCUCUAACAGCAUCAAAUAAGGCAAGAAAACAUAAUACCCACAGAAAAGAUGAAAGUGCUUAAAAAAAUGGAUUCCAAAUAGGCAUUUCUAAAUUAAAUUUGUAAAACUCAGUUGAACAUCAGUGCGGGAGCGCGGAAUUUGGCAUAACAGUUAUUAGGCAUAAUAGACAUUCGACAUGACCAAAAUGCAUCCUUCUUAUGUCAAAUGUCCAUUAUGCUAGCUGUUCUUUAUGCGAAAUGGCCUUAAGCCAAAUACCACAAACUCUAAAUCACACAACCGGUUUGAUAUAAUGCCGCAUAGCAUAAAACUUCUGGUAUAACAAUCGUUUUGCAUAAAGAUAAACAAACAACUUGAUAAUCAUUUGGUUGAUCUAAUAAGUACUUUGAUCAUCAUGUUACAAAAAAAUGUCCAACUCAAUCGGGUCAAAACUGAUUACUGGUUUAAUAAAAUGCGAAGCACAGUAUCAUUGCAUUCACACAUUUUCAUUAAAAGUACUCUGAGAGUAUUCUAUCAAUCAAAUAUACGAUUUUCAGCAAAAUUCAUCACAUCGCUUGUGGUCACAUCACACAUAUUCGCCAGAAGAGAACAACAAGUUAAUCAUGUUGCUGUUAGUAGGUUUUACGAUGUACGUUUCUGUGCAGCAAUAAGUACGCUCACAGCAAUUUACAAUGAAACGGGUAGAGACGAAAUCAAAAGUUGUUCUCUUUUUGGUCCUUCUGGAUGUGACGGUGUCUCAUCUCCGGCCAAAUGCCUGCUGUGUACCGCCUCGAACCACCCUAAGAAUCCUCAUAUUUCCAUGCCCCAAUCGGCGCACUUCUACAAACACGAAAGUCACAUCCGAAGCACAUUUCGAUGGACGAUCCCUUUACAAUAGCGGAAGGAAGAGUUUCUACCUCAAAUACGGUAUAGAUAAGCAACUAGCUCGUAUGUGUCCAUUGGUUUGUAUGGACUUUCGUUGUUCUUCAAACGAUUUUCAGUUUUUGUACCUUUUCCAAUAAUAAGAAAGAAAACAAAUCAACACUAAGUACGUUAGGAAGUAUGCUAGGACGACACGCGGCAAGUUUCUAUUCGUUUUGUUUCGAUUGACUUAAACUCUGUAGUUCGUAAGGUGUAGGUAUUUUAGAUCAUAGAAAAGUUCAGUUCCAUUCACAAGCAUGCAGCAGAAGAAGCUAGCCCGGAAUCGCAUACAGACUGCAUGAUAACGGCUCAGGUUUUACACGAAAGACACAUCUCAUACAUAAAUAGAUACACAGCACCUUCAUGAGUUGAUAGAUACCAGCAGAGAGCAAAUUUUGUUCAACCAAGGAGACUGGACAAUUGUUAUUAGUUUAGGUAAACUACAUCGUUGCAGCACCACUUAUCGUGAUAGUCACGUAUCUGUAUAGGAAAUGCGCGUAUGAACGACUUGUGUUGCGAAUAAAAGAAUCCAGACUCAAAAUCUCAUUUAAAACCAUUCUAGUAUUGCAUCUUAUAACGUAUGGUACAGAAAGAACGUGUCUUGAUUGAGUAUGUUUGCGAAACGUAAAAAUAUAGUGAAUUUGCAUCACAGAAACCAUUGUGUAAAGCGUGAGACUGUAGCGAAUACCACAGGAAACACACCAGGAGUAAAAUAAAGAGCUGUACUAGCAAUGUUUCGGAG